AACCACAGAUACAUGACUGCUGAAUCUCUUUCUCACGUUGCGAGUGUUCCUGUUCGAUUCUUGUCGGAUGCAGAACUUCCUAUCACUCGUAUGGAGGUUCGCAAACACUUUGAUGCUCUGACUGAUGUUGAAAAGAAAUACUCGCAUUUCAUCGGCCGAGCCAGUUGGGCUGGUGCGGGUAUCAUUGCUGCAUCUAUGUCACCAUAUGGUCCUGCUCUUGUUGGAUUGUUUUUGGACAUCUUCACCGUUCCUGAAACUCGCCAUAGUGAUGCUCCACGAAUGGUUGAUAUUAUUGCUUUACAAGCAAAGGUUGAUGUCAGCGAAGCUUCCUGGACCAAUUUCUUGGAAUACGCCUGUUCUGUUUUAAACAAUCUGUCCAACUACAAAUCGUUUGGUGACACUAAAUUCAUCCCACGUAUCUCUGCAUCAGAGAUGGAUGCAAUCAUUCGCAAGAUUGACCCUCGCAUUCAUGAAAAAUUUGUUUCUCUCAAAAACGUCAUUUACGAUAUUUCCCCUGAUGCUCAGCUACUUUUAGGUUAUCCUUCUGAAGGACACGUUUCUGGAUAUUAUUCUCAAAAUAUCUCCAAAGCCGAUGUUGAAUUUGUUCAAAAGUAUCUUGAAACCAAAUCCCCCCUUUAUGCCAUCAACACCCGUAUCUUCAAAACUGACAACGUGUAUCAAGUGCGUAUUGCUUCAUCCGAAGAUGCAGGCAAAGUUGAAGAAACUGUGACUAUUGAUGGUAAAACCAUUCAAAUCGUAUAUGGCGACUUUCAAAAGGAAAUGAAGGCAUGUGCUGAUGCGAUGGCUGGUGCACUUCAAUAUGCUGCCAACGAUAAUCAAAAAAAAAUGAUUCAAGCGUAUGUCGAUUCGUUUCGUUCUGGAUCUAUGGAUGCUCAUUGUGAGAGCCAAAAGCAUUGGAUUCGUGAUGUUGGCCCUAUCGUCGAAUGCAAUAUUGGUUUUAUUGAAACGUAUCGAGAUCCUUUUGGUGUUCGAGCUGAAUGGGAGGGUUUUGUUGCCGUGGUAAACAAGGAAAUGACACUUAAAUUUGGAAAGCUUGUUGACAACGCACCUGCAUUUAUCUCGCUUCUUCCCUGGGGUCGUGAUUUCGAAAAGGACAAGUUCAACAAGCCUGAUUUCACUAGCUUGGAAGUUCUGUCAUUUGCCACUACUGGUGGACCACCAGCUGGAAUCAACAUUCCCAACUAUGACGAAGUUCGCCAAACUAUUGGAUUCAAAAAUGUAUCUCUUGGCAACAUUGUUGGUGCCAAAGGCCCAGCUAAUGAAAAAGUGACAUUUGUCCGUGAACAGGAUGCUGCCUUGUUUAAAAAACUUCAAAGCGAAGCAUUUGAAAUCCAAGUUGGUCUUCACGAGCUUCUUGGACAUGGGUCUGGUAAACUUCUUCUUGAAGAAGCACCAGGAAAAUUCAAUUUUGAUAUUACAAAUCCACCCAUUUCUCCAGUAACAAAUAAGCCAAUUACCACCUGGUACAAGCUGGGUGAAACCUGGGGAUCUGUUUUCAAGUCUGCUGCAUCUUCAUAUGAAGAAUGUCGUGCUGAAGCCGUUGCCAUGUACCUCUGUGUCAAUGACACUGUUUUGGACAUUUUUGGAGUUCAAGGCACUCAAGCCCGCGAAGACAUUAUAUAUAUUUGCUACCUCAGUAUGGCUCGAGCGGGACUGAUUGCACUGGAAUUUUUUGAUCCCAAAACAAAAAAGUGGGGACAAGCUCAUAUGCAGGCACGGUUUGCUAUUUUGCAAGUAUUUAUCGCAUCUGGAUGUGUGACCAUCAAUCACUCAAAGGAAACAAACGAUAUAACAAUUGAUUGUGAUCGAUCCAAGAUCAAGACACACGGUGUUGAUGCUGUUGGUCAGUUUUUGCAGAAACUGAAUGUGUUCAAGGCAACAGCAGAUGCAGAUGCUGGACUGGCAUUUUACGAUGCUUCUACCAGUGUGCCAGAUUCGUGGAUGCCGUGGAGAGAGAUUGUUUUGGCCAAAAAACAGCCCAGAAAAGUCAUGCUUCAGUGCAACAUCAUGUUGAAUGCGAAUGGAACUGUUGAGAUGCGUGAAUAUGAUGUAUCGCUUAAAGGAUUGAUUGAAUCCUACGUGGAGCGAGCCAUGCCUAACCUUUAGAAAUCAUCAAAGGAAUGGCAUUGAAAAAUGAAUACUGAUUUCUUACAGCCAACGACAAAAAGAAUGAACAUGGAUAAAUAAAUGAAAAGUUGCCAUGUAUUUGGAAAGCACUCGCAUA